GGAACCCUUGCUUCUCGUUCGCUACUGACACUCGUCACGACCUCGUUCUGUACCACAGUACAGCUUUCACGAUAAACCAAAUCACCUUUACUUCAGGACACACAUCAAUAUAUCCUAAUGGCAGCUAUCGGUGCCCAGGACAUCAGAAAAAGAAUUGGGCGCUUCCGAGUUCUGAUCAUGGGGAGAGCAAACGCAGGCAAAACGACCAUCCUUCAGAAAGUCUGCAACACCACGGAUCAACCAGAAAUUUACAAUGCCAAAGGAGACAAGGUCGACGCUGCCAUCGUGGAAUCCUCGCUCGGGCGAGGAAAUCACGACAUCACAAACGAAAUGGUAUUCAGAAGUAAUCCUGUUUUCGUCUUUCACGACUCGUGCGGUUUCGAAGCGGGCACUGAUAAAGAAUUCGAGAGCAUGAAGAACUUUAUCUCAGAACGCGCACAUGCGACGAAAUUAGAGGACCGAAUACAUGCUAUUUGGUAUUGUAUUCCGAUGGACGAGCAUUCUCGAACGUUUCAGCGGUCAGAGGAGAAGUUCUUCUUGGAGUGCGACACUGGGAACGCUCCUGUGAUUGCGGUGUUCACCAAGUUUGACGCUCUGCGUGCAGUUGCGUAUGGAGAUAUCAAGAAGCAACUACAAGGUGUAUCAGCAGAAGAACGCUCGAAGAGGAUUGCCCAGCGCGUUGAGGAACUAUUUGCGAAUACACGCGUCUUGGAGAAGUUGCGCAAAUCUGAAAACCGUGCCCGUUAUAAGUCCUAUGUACGCUUGCAGUAUAUGAACAAACAGGAUACAAACUGUGACACUCUACUGGAAAGCACCACUCUCGCAUUGGACAAUGAAGAAUUGCGGUUGUGCUUGGUAUCGACGCAACAAUCGAACCUAGAGCUUUGCAUCAAGUGUGCUGUGACAAUACUCGUGGAUCGUGCGCAUCAGCUAUUCGGGCUACUUCUAUUCGAUUGUGGAGCCUAUCAAUAUAAAAUUGCUAGGUGGUUUCCACAUCUUCAAGUAAGACAAAGAUUGAUUCAAUCUGAUGAUUCCCUGGUAAUGAUGCUCACGGAUGGGAUAACAGCUGGUAAGAUUGGGAUUUACGAAGCUCGAACAGGAUGGACAGCGCUGAUGCCUUGUUGCUACUCGCCUGUUGACAGUGGUAUGUAAGUGCCUUGAUGGUUUCCAGUCCUCGUCCCAUGCUCAUGGUCCCCAUCCCUCGUUGCUGCUCGCCUGUUGACAGAUG